AUGCAUCGCUGUGACAUGCCACUUGGUCUCGAGGACAAACGCGUCCACAAUAAGAUGAUACGCGCUUCCUCGUACUAUAACUACUGGUGCGGACCUUGGAGUGGACGAUUGAACGGGCGCAGACAUGGUCGAUACGGAGGGGCCUGGUGCGCAAAGAGGCGAGACAGACGCCAGUGGCUUCAGAUUGAUUUUGGCGCUCUUACAAAAGUGUAUCGUAUUGCUUCUCAAGGAAGACAGAACUCCGCCCAGUGGGUGAAGUCGUAUUCUCUGUCAUACAGCAAGAACGGAUACAAGUUUAUAACUUACAAAGAAGGAGGGCGAACCAAGGUAUUCCCAGCUAACUACGAUCAGCACGUGAUCGUACGUCAUAGACUCCGUCAUCCAAUCUUAGGACGCUACUUUAGAUUCCACCCAAUCACGUGGUAUAGCUGGAUAUCAAUGAGAGUGGAAUUAUAUGGUUGUGUUGUCGGUGCGCGAUGCAACAAGCCUCUAGGAAUGCAAAACGGCCGCAUUCGCGCGGCACAAAUUACCGCUUCGUCCAGCUGGGACAGGAACCAUGCACCUAACAAUGGCAGGCUUCAUCUGCAUCGUGUCGGCGCGCGAAUGGGGGCCUGGUGCGCACGCCAUAACAACCGUCUUCAAUGGUUUCAGGUGAACUUUGGUCGCCCGACAAGGGUGGUGAAGUUCGCUACUCAAGGACGACAUGACGCCCGUCAGUGGGUGACUCAGUAUUAUUUGACGUUCAGUCAGGAUGGUGCACACUAUGCCGAAUACAAAGAAAACAGCAAUCGAAAGUACUUCCAAGGAAACAGAGAUCAAAACAGCGUUGUUCAACAUCGACUGUUCCCUCGAAUCAAAGCCCAGUACAUUGAAAUUCAUCCUUGGGGCUGGUACAGACAUAUUUCCAUGAGGGUGGAGUUCUAUGGAUGCGCUGAAGACCGCUGUGCUAUGCCUCUCGGUUUGGAAGAUAAGCGUAUUACAGAUGGCCAUCUUACGGCCUCCACCUACUACAACCAUCACCUUUCACCCUGGCAUGGCCGACUGAACCACCGCUGGUCAUGGAGCGUGCGGCUCAGAAGAGUAGGACAAUGGUUUCAAGUGAACUUUGUAGAGUUGAUGCGCAUAAAAGGCGUGGCCACUCAGGGAAGGCAGGAUGCAAAUCAGUGGGUGAGAAGUUAUACAGUCGCUUACAGCACAGGUGGGAUGAAUUUCGUGUCUUACAAGGAAGGUCGCACUACCAAGGUUUUUAAUGGAAACACCGACCGCCAUUCCAUUGUGUAUCACCAGUUUACCAGGCCAUUCACGGCUAUACAUGUUCGUUUUUAUCCGCGAAGCUGGUACAGCUGGAUAUCUAUGAGGGCUGAGGUUUAUGGUUGUUCAGCUGCUCCGUGUAACAAACCCCUGGGAUUGCAAAACCGUCGCCUCCCGGACAGUCGAAUUACCGCUUCAUCCGAAUGGAACCACUUUCACGCGGCCAGACUCGGGAGACUGGGCCAAGUCAAGCACGGUCGCUUCGUGGGGGCCUGGUGCGCAAGGCACAACAAUCACUUGCAGUGGUUCAAGUGUGACUUUGGUCGAGCAAUGAAAAUCACCAAAGUAGCCACCCAAGGCCGGCAGGAUACCAACCAAUGGGUGACGUCGUUCUAUCUGUCGUCUAGCCAGGAUAACGUUCAUUGGGAGAUGUACAAGUUCAGGAGUGCAUACAAGGUGAUGAUGAUAAAUAUGCUGUUUAAAUACCUGUGCUUAUAUGGGAAUGGGAUGUUAAUAUUUAAUCUCCGUAAAGUUUUGAAUUUUGAAAUAUUUACCGUCUUCCUACACAGUUGA